AACCCCGGUGUCAGAGCGAGGAGCGGGAGCCGAGGCCAUCCCCAAGGCACAGCUGCUUCUCCUCUGAUGGCUCUUUGAUUCCCCAGAAGCUGGGAGAGCCCCCUCUCUCCACUUCCCCGUGCUUCAGGACGAGGGCUCCGUGGCUGCCACAGCAUGGUACAAACCUGCCUGGUGUGCUCCAGAGUUCAUAACAGCAGCCUGAGAGCCCAGGCAGGCAGUGCAGACAUGGAAAAGAUGGAAAAGCCCAGUCCCUCUGCCAAGAAGCACGUGCGUCUCCAGGAGAGGAGAGGCUCCAACGUGUCCCUGGUGCUGGACAUGAGCUCUCUGGGGAGCGUGGAGCCCAUCCAGGGUGUCUGUACCCCUCGGGACAUCACGCUGAAGUUCCUGAGGACAUCCAGCCACGUGCUGAGAAGAGAGGAGCUCCAGCAACGUGCCCAAAGCAUGACCCAGCUCCAGGAGGAGUUUUCGAAAAUCCCACCCAACUUUGUCAGUCCAGAGGAGCUGCAGAUCCCUGGCCAUGCCUCCAAGGACAGAUACAAAACCAUCCUCCCAAAUCCUGAGAGCAGGGUCUGUCUCAGGAGAGCAGGGAAGCAGGAGGAGGAAAGCUACAUCAAUGCCAACUACAUCAUGGGCUAUGCAGGGCAGCCCCAGGCAUACAUUGCCACCCAGGGCCCCAUGCUGAACACUGUGAGUGACUUCUGGGAGAUGGUGUGGCAGGAGGAGGCACCUCUUAUCGUCAUGAUAACCAAGCUGCAGGAGCACAAAGAGAAAUGUGUCCACUACUGGCCCGAGAAGGAGGGAACUUACGGCCCCUUCACCCUCCGUGUGCAGGGCGUGAGUGAGAACUUGGAGUUCGUGGUCCGGGAUCUCUCCAUCCAGCUGGAAGGUGAGAGUCGCCAGGUCAAACACAUCCUCUUCCCUUCCUGGCCAGACCAGCAGACACCUGAGUCAGCCAAGCCCCUCUUGCACUUGGUGUCCAAGGUGGAAGAGACUCUGAAGGCUACAACCAGCCUGGGGCCUGUCAUUGUGCAUUGCAGCGCAGGCAUCGGGCGGACCGGCUGCUUCAUCGCUACCAGGAUCGGGUGUCAGCAGCUGAAGGACAAGGGGGAGGUGGAUAUCCUGGGAAUCGUCUGCCGCCUCCGCAUGGACCGUGGUGGGAUGAUCCAGACGAGCGAGCAGUACCAGUUCCUCCAUCACACUCUGGCUCUCUAUGCUUCCCAGCUCCCACAGGUGGGAGGCCACUAGCACAGGGCUCCCACUGAGCUGCUGGCUCCCUGCUCCACCUUCUUCUGCACAAGCCACAGGGAGAUCUCCACCAAAAAAUUCUCCUGUUGCCACCGGGCCAUGCAGCUGAAGCAUCAGCAUCCCUGGGUGAGCAUAGCCCAGCAGAAGGGACCGGGGCCUUGUGACCCUGGGGUUCCUACAAGGGAUUCAGGGGGUGCUCAAGGGGCCUUUUGGUGAUGGCUCAAGGCAGAUUUCCUUCCUGGGAAGCAGCUUUGUUUUUUUGAAACCUGCAGCAUUUUGUCAUCAAGCAGAAGAUUUGAGCUGC